GGGACACGCGUAACGCUAGUCUCGACGACAAUGGCGACCUGAGAAGGUUCGUAUGGCGUGUGGCUGGGAUAUACGCUCGUUCCGUUACCCGAGCUUCGCGACACCGAAAGUGCGAGAUCUCGUUCACCGCGGCACCGUGUACGCGCGCCCGUGAAUGCGCGGCCCGUUCGCGCCACCGGGAGACGCGUUGCGCGCGCGAGGCGCAAACCGGAAUCGCGUUCAGACAGAUCGCUCAUCCCGCUAGGGUCAGCAGCAGCAGCAGCAGCAACAGCGGCGGCGGCGGUGGCGGCGGCGGCAACAAACAGCGGCUGCUGCAUCGACGACAGCGAGUGCGGCUGGCGAGCGAUUCGACGCGGUGCGGAUUCGCGGACGGUGCCGGUGUUGCCCCGGCGAAGAAAAAAAAAAUAUAUACGACCGUGCCAUGCACAUCACGAUCGCGUCGUCGCGUCCGCUAUAAUGCGCUGUGGAUUAAGAAUAAUUACUUGCCACGAAAAUCCAGUGGUGCUGGCAUGAUAAAAUAAGGGAAGCGAAGGAAAUGAGCCACAAUAUUGCGGGCAUGCCACCCUUCACAAGGAUGCCACUGGGGGGUAUGGGAAUGGGUGUGAAUAUGGGCCCCAAUGCCCCACAUCCUGACUCUUCUGCUCACCCCCAUCCACCACCGCCACCACCAGCUGGUACUAAUCCUAAAAAGAAAAGGCGUACAAAUGCAAGUGUUGCCCAACCACCUCCGCAACAACCUCCAUCUGUACAGGACCUACUACCCCCGCCCUUAACUGGUUACGGUGACACAAUAGUAGCAAGUAAUCCUUUCGACGAUACGCCACCACAAACCACGCAAAGUCCAAUGAUGCAUGGCGCGCCUUCACAUAUGCAUCCUCAUCAUCCACAUCACAUGGGCGGUCCUCCUAUGCGAGGCAUGAGCCCUUUAACCACGAUGGGUGGCAUGAGUCCUAUGAUGCCACAUAAUAUGGGCAAUAUGAGCCCAAUGGGUAAUUCACCCAUGACAAAUCACAUGAAUCAUAUGGGAGCGAUGUCUCCUAUGAAUCAUGCUCCUAUCGGAGGCAUGAGCCCCAUGAAUAACAUGGGCCCGAAUAUGCCUCCUGGUCCAAUGAACACCAUGAACAAUCACAUGAAUAUGAGCCAUAUGGGAAAUUCGCAACUAAGUGGCCCACCUAUGGGUAGUCCGAUGAAUAAUAUGAACAGUGGGCCGAUGGGCAGUCCAAUGAACAACAUGGGUCACAAUAUGGGCAGUCCUAUGGGUGGGCCUUUAGGUUCUCCGAUGAACAUGGGAGGAUCUAAUCACAUGCCUAAUGGACCAAUGAACAUGAACAACAUAAAUAGCCAUAUACCGCCCAACAGUCCAUUAAAUGGGCCGUCACUUAACAAUGUAAACAGUCCACUGGGACACAAUGGAUCUCAACCUCAUCCGAAUCACAUGGGAAACAAUCUCAACAACUUAGGAAGACCUAUGAACGGACCUAUGACCACCAUGAGUUCGAUGGUGUCGAACAACAUGAAUAUGACUGGGCCAAGUCAAAUAAACAACAUGAAUAUGGGUGGUCCAGGAAUGAAUAAUAUGUCUAACAUGAACAUUAGUCAUCACAAUCAAAUGGGAAGUCACAUGACAGGUCCAAUGGGCACAAUGUCCAAUAAUAUGGGUGGUGGACCACCUAUGGGACAUCCUAUUAAUUCCAUGGGAGGAUCUAUGCCACCACACGGGUUUCAAGGCCCGCCAGGAAUGGGUCCAAAGCCAAUGCCAAUUUCUGCGGGCAAGAUCUAUCCUCCAGAUCAGUCAAUGGUAUUUAAUCCACAAAACCCUAAUGCGCCACCAAUUUAUCCCUGUGGAAUUUGUCAUAAGGAAGUACACGACAAUGAUCAGGCAAUUCUGUGCGAAUCAGGUUGUAAUUUUUGGUUUCAUAGGAGCUGCACAGGAUUGUCGGAAUACGCUUAUCAAUUAUUAACGGCGGAGGUCUACGCGGAAUGGGUGUGUGAUAAGUGUUUGCAAUCGAAGAACAUACCCCUGGUUAAGUUUAAACCAUAACACUUCGUGUCCCGUCGUUCAUGCGACGCUCCAGUGACUAUUUGUUAGCGUUAAUAUGUGGUACGCGCACAUAUGUGUGUGCAAUUGUGCACACAACACAUACACACAAACGACACCCUAGCACAUGGUAAAUAUUAAUGCACGUGCGAUGUCGUGCAUUCAAUAUAAAAAUAUGCUGUUUGUUAACAACUUAGCUUUAACUUGUUGAAAUAUUAGGAUAUCAUUGUAAGUUGAUGAAUAUGUGAAAGCUGAGAUAAUAUUCAGAUAUCAUUUUAAUUUCAAGUUUGUUCAUGACAAAUGGAUUCAUACACAGGCUCAUAAAAUUAUUAAAUUAAUAUAUUAUUUAAUGAAUCUCUUGGCAGGUAAUGGAAAUAACUGGUAUAUGUUUUUUCUUAUUUAAAAAACUUAUUUAUAAUGUAAAAUAUUAAAAAAAAAAUUUGUAAUUCAUGAUAUUAAGACGAAGAUUUUAAAAAUCUUAAGUUUUUAAACGAUAAUGUGAAAUAUUUGAGAUUUUCAAAGAAUUUAGUAUUUUUGUGACUAAUUGCAUUUAAUGCGAAAUUAAUGAUAUCUACGUAUAUUUGGAUUUUAUUAACAAAGCAGGUGUAAGACAUAUAUUAGAGACGAGCCGCGAACAAUUUUGCAUCGUCUUUUGUUUUAUCCUAUAUAAACGUUCCUGAUAUACAUUGUAAAUGAUAUCAUCUCCGCAAUUGACUUUUAAACGUUGUUUGUAACGAUAAUUUUAACCAAAAUUAUAACCAAAAAGAAAGUGGUUUGUACGAGUACCAUUUGUCAUUGGAGCCAUCGAGCAUCAAUUAUAAUUUUUUCUUUAUAUUUCUGUUAAUAUAGGAUAAAAGGUAUGAAUUAAAAUCACAUUGAUACAUUUGAAAUCAUAUACGCAGGUCAUACAUUUUUUAAAUUACCUUUAUCGCAGGUAACGAAUAUAUCGCCUUUAUCAUGCAGAUGAUAUAUUUAUUGUGAUACAAAUUAUAUUGAUUGAUUGAAGGUUGAUGUAAGAGCUUGUCACAAGUCCUAUUUUUUAUUGUUAAAUCUACAUGUUUUAUUAAAUUUAAGUAUAUGACUUAAUACAAUCAGCAUGAAUGGGAUUAGCUGCAAUGCGCUAAUGCCAUUCAAGAAACGGAAUUACACAAACACAAAUGCAGUAUUGGUACUCCCAGGCGAUAUACCUAGAAAUGCUGCAAUUCUUAUAUUUUUAUAUAUCACAUAUUUUAUAAAGAAGACCAUGGUAAAUUUUACUUUAAUAUUUUUGAUUUAUUUUAGCAUAAUUCGGUUGGAUGCGUAACACAUGUACAAGCACACAUUUAAAGACUGUUAUACACAAAUUGAAAAAAGUCUGUAUAGUAUAACAGAUAAACAUAAACAGAUUGGAUCAUGUGCUUGAUAAAAUAUAUGUUUUAUAUUUUACUCAUUCGAGAUGCUUAUGUUUUUAGAUACAAUAACUAUUGUACAAUAGACUGUGUAAUUUGCGCCAGUGCAAUCGAAUUUGCAAUAAGCAAACUGAGAAUGCUUUUAUCUUUAAAUUAUUAUUUUUUUAUGUUAAUCAUAAUUUGAUUGAUUAUACAUGUAUUGUUGCCAUGGUUUAAACUCUUAAUUUGUCUGCGCGGUUAAAUUAGGAUAUAAGAAAUAUAUCUCUGAAGCUGUGUAAAAAGUUUUUUAUGAAAAUAAUUUUAUUUAUGAAGUAAUCUUUAAUGCUUACGCACACAGCAGGAAUUUAUUUACUGAUAUUAACAUGCAGGUUUUUCUACUGUAAUGAGAAGAUUUUAUAUCCAAUAGAAAUCCAAUAGGAAAUAGAAUCGGCAUAAGCAUCUAACAUUUAGCUGAAGUGCAAAAUGAUGAAAUUGUUAAAAAAAACUAGUUGUAAAAUUGUGAAAUUGUAAAAUUUUCGGAAUUGCGCCGCAGAUUACGUGUCUUUUGCUAGCAUUUGCUUUUAUAAUUUGCUUUUAUAAAUCAUCUUAAUUCACCGUUUAUCUAUAAAAGAUAAUGUAUAGCGAAUUUGAGUAGUGUGCAUAAAGACUGUUGUACGCAAAGUGAAAUGUAAUAGCGUACCGUGCAUACGCGGCUGGAUGCUCAACACAGUUAUUUCAUCGUUCGAUGUUUUAAAAGCGCCGUUCAAAGCGCCUACAUUGUAUCUAUUAGCUAAAUUAAUAUACAACGGACUUUGGUCUGCACUAAUGCAUCCAACCAAAUUCGUUAUUAAAUUGAAACUAUUUCGAAGUAAAACAAAGUAAUAUCUCUCAACUUCAUGAUAAAGGAAUCUGUGCACACUUAACAAUUUUAACUAGCUAGCGUAAUCUUCGCAUCUGCCAGAUUUACAGUAUCGACGAUAUUAAUAUUAAAAAGAAUUGAGCAUAUUAUUGUCAGGAGAUUAACUGUUAAAACAAAAAAAUUAAAUUCCGUCGGCAGCUAAUACAAAUUUAUCGUCUACGGAUUGUAUAGUUUUUUAUAUGUAUAUGAAAUAUUAGCCACAGAUAUAUAUAUAUAUAUAUACAUAUAUAUAUAUAUCAUUUAAUGCCUGUAUUAAACGGAGAUCUAACGAACGGAAGCAGAAAUUUAUUAUUGAAUUAUUAGUGUAUAUUGUAUCUCAAUUAGGUGAAUUUACUAAUUUACUCUUAAGAUGUAAAAUUUAAUUUUGGAUCAAGAAAUUAAUUUUAUAGGCCAAUUUCUUCAUCUGAAAUUAAAUUAUUUUUCACUCGAAGUCUCCGUUUAAUUCAUGCCUUAAGCUUGUUUUACUAUAAUCGUUUUUAACACAUUACAUGUGAGUAACAUACACAGGAUCCUACAUAAUGCUCAUAUUUUAGUAUUACAACGAAUAGGAUACCAUCUUCACAUAUCUCCUUUCUAUAUUUUCUCGCGCGGGAAGAUCACGUUACAAUCUGUUAUUACGUUACUUUUAUUACAAAAGUUAAAAAAAAUAUGCAGGGGAUUAAGCGAUUUACGAAGACACUCUUUACAUGGAUAACGUCAGUGGCUGAAGCAACGGAUGUAAUCAUUUUCUAGUACAAAAAAACGAUGAGCUGUUUAAUUUAAGUGACUAAAGGUAAUAUUUAUCUUUCACAGAAUUAAGCCAUAAGUGAUUAUAUAAUUCUAUACGAUCGAAAUAAUUUUAAUGACAAUUGCUACACCAUGUCAUUCGUGACACGGAGCAUCUGUCUCGAUGCACGUGUCGCAUAAUAAUUCCUUCGUUUUUGUCGAUAAUGAUUUGAUAUGUGUUUUUAUGAGCUUAACCCCCUCUUGUAAAAAUUUGUUCGAAACAAAUGCAUUUUAUGUGUCC